ACAUCAAUGUGUACUUAAUUAUAGAGGGCAUUCAAUUAUACAGGGCACCAUGGUGAAACUUCAGUUACCAAAUCCGAGACUAGAGAACAGAAUUCAGACCUAUGAGGAACUUGAAAGAUUAGAGAAGGACGAGGCAAGUGAGAGGCCACAAUGGGACAACAAAGCCCAGUAUAUGCUCACCUGUAUAGGCUUUUGUGUGGGGCUGGGAAAUGUAUGGAGAUUUCCAUAUCUCUGCCAGAGCCAUGGAGGAGGAGCCUUCAUGAUCCCUUUCCUCAUAUUGCUGGUUCUUGAAGGCAUCCCGCUGUUACAUCUGGAAUUUGCAAUAGGACAACGGCUCAGAAAAGGAAGUGUUGGCGUAUGGAGCACUAUCCAUCCCACCUUAAAAGGAGUUGGUAUUGCUUCAAUGUUGGUAUCAUUUCUAGUGGGCUUAUAUUACAACACCAUUAUUGCCUGGGUCAUGUGGUAUUUCUUUAACUCUUUCCAAGAACCACUGCCAUGGACACAUUGUCCUCUGACUGAAAACAGAACUGAAUAUGUAACAGAGUGUGCAAAAAGCUCCCCAGUGGAUUAUUAUUGGUACAGGGAAACACUGAAUGUCUCUACCGGCAUUGAUCAAUCUGGGGGUCUCCAGUGGUGGCUUGUGCUGUGUUUAGCUUGUGCCUGGGGCGUUCUUUAUGUAUGCACCAUCAGAGGAAUUGAAACUACUGGAAAGGCUGUGUAUGUAACAUCAACCCUGCCGUACUUGGUGCUCACAAUUUUCUUGAUCAGAGGCCUCACGUUAAAGGGUUCUGUUAGUGGGAUCAAAUUUUUGUUUACUCCCAAAGUUUCAGAAUUGGCAAACCCAGUAACUUGGCUUGAUGCGGGAGCUCAAGUUUUCUACUCGUUCUCAUUGGCUUUCGGGGGCCUUAUAUCAUUUUCCAGCUACAAUUCUGUGCAUAACAACUGUGAAAAAGAUGCAGUGAUCAUUUCUAUCAUAAAUGGCUGCACAUCUAUAUAUGCUGCAACUGUCAUCUACUCUAUUAUUGGAUUCCGUGCCACAGCUAAAUAUGAUGAAUGCUUUAACGGCAAUGUACUUGCUUUGUCAAAUGCCUUUGAUUUGCCCGAAGGAAAUAUAACAACAGAAGAGCAAUAUACAGAAGUGGUGAAUAUGCUGAAUCAAACAAGUACAGAUAUUAUCCAGUCUCUAAAUCUGCAGACUUGUGAUCUAAACCAGAUUUUGUCAGACGGUGUGGAAGGAACUGGUUUAGCCUUUAUUGUCUUUACUGAAGCCAUUACUAAAAUGCCAAUUUCACCACUGUGGUCUGUCCUGUUCUUCAUCAUGCUUUUUUGCUUAGGCCUCUCCUCUAUGUUUGGCAAUAUGGAAGGAGUGUUAGUACCGCUACAAGAUCUCAAUCUUUUACCUAAAAAAUGGCCAAAAGAACUUAUUACAGGUUUAAUCUGUGCUGUAUCUUUCCUAAUUGCGUUAAUAUUUGUGUUGAGAUCUGGAAACUAUUGGCUUGCCUUGUUUGACAGUUUCGCUGGGUCAAUCCCUCUUCUUGUAAUAGCAUUUUGUGAAAUGUUCUCAGUUGUUUACAUCUAUGGGAUAGACAGAUUUAAUAAAGACAUUGAAUUUAUGAUUGGACAUAAGCCAAAUAUUUUCUGGCAGGUUACGUGGAGAGUGGUCAGCCCUCUUAUCAUGUUAGUUAUAUUCUUAUUCUACUUUGUGAUAAAAGUUUCACAAAAACUAGAGUACAUCACUUGGGAUCCAGAAUAUUCUGAAUUCCCUAAAUCAAAACAAGCGCCUUAUCCUGGAUGGAUAUAUGCUAUUGUGGUUAUUCUAGCUGGAAUACCAGCCUUAGUAAUCCCUGUGUAUGCAGCGUACAAAGCCAUCCGAAACUGUAUACAAAAAGACGACGAUCAGACAGAAAUCAUGCAUGCUGUUUCUGUUGCAACUAUCAAUGGAGACGCCAGUAACAAACUGUAAUGAUAAGGACUAUGUAUCGUUAUGGAGAAAAAAAGGCUUAAAGUUGGGAAUAUGAAAAAUUUUCAAUUUAUAAAAUUCUCACAUCUUUAGAACAGGACAAAUCGUAUUAAAAACAGAGCCAGCUGGGAAGACGUCAUCAUCUCAGCACAGCGCCUCAUUUUGUUUUUCAGAAAAAACAUUCCAAAGAUGUCAAAUAUCAGA